CUCUGCUGAUUUCUGAACGCUCCACUGCACGGAUGAAACGCUGACACUAAGGUGACCAUGAUGCACUUCUGCUUUCUGCUGGUAUGUCCCUGCUUGCUGUCCAUCACCAGUGUUCAUGCAGCAACCUUCAAGUUGGCCCUGGUUGGUCCCUGGUCAUGUGACCCCAUGUUUUCACGGGCAAUGCCGUCUGCGGCUGCCAACUUAGCCUUGUCCCGGUUACGAAGUGACGCUGACCUGAGCAGAGGAUUCUGGUACGACGUGAAACUGCUGAAUGAGGACUGCUCUGCAUCCAAAGCUCUUACUGAACUAGGAGAGAUGGAGGGAUAUGGCCAUGCCUACAUUGGACCAUUUAACCCAGCCCUCUGUCAUGCUGCUUCUCUAAUGGCUCAGCAUUGGGAUGCAGGACUUGCAUCUCCAGGAUGUCUGGAUCCAGUUUGGCUAAACCUUCCUCCAAUCACCCCACCCAGCAAAGUCCUGUUCACGGUUCUCAGGUUCUUUCGCUGGGCGCAUGUUGCUGUUGUUUCUGCUCCCACUGACCUCUGGGAGAGCACUGCACAGGAGGUGGCCUCCUCCCUUCGUGCCAUGGGACUGCCAGUUGGUCCUGUGGUUUCCAUGGAGACCAACAGCAAGGAUGGGGCUCAGGAAGCACUGUAUCAAGUCAAAACAGCUGAUAAGGUCAAUGUGAUCAUCAUGUGCAUGAGCUCUGUCCUGAUUGGUGGAGAGCAUCAGAGGGAGCUCCUCCUGACCGCCCUGGAUAUGGGGAUGAUCUCUGAUGGUUAUGUGUUUAUUCCGUAUGACGCUCUGCUGUAUGCUAUGCCAUAUCAGGACAUGACCUUCCACCAGCUGACCAACAGCACACAGCUGCGCCAUGCCUACAGCGCCGUCCUGACCGUGACCAUGGAGUCUGAUCAAAACUUCUACCAAGCCUUUCGUCAGGCUCAGAUGAGCAGAGAAAUUCGCUCUGCAAUCUCUGCUACAGAGGUGUCUCCAGUGUUUGGGACCAUCUUCAACAUGGUUUACUUUGUUGCUAAGGCUGUGGAAGAGCGCCGUCUGGCAGGCGGCGGGCAUUGGGUGACUGGCAGUCAGCUUUUUCAAUCAGAUGGAGGCUUUGAGUUCCAAGGCUUCAAUCAGGUGCUCUACGGGGGCAAAGGUGGGCGUGGCCUUCAGGCCAGGUAUGUGGUGCUGGACAGUGAAGGUGAUCGGCUUGUGCCUACUCACUCGCUUGCUCCAACACACACGGAUGGGACGGUGGGAGGUCUGAGGCCCCUGGGGCGCUCCUUUUUCUUUCCUGGAGGAAAACCAUCCAAAUCCAGUUUUUGCUGGUUUAGCCCAGAGGAGGCCUGUAGUGGAGGUUUGGAUGCUGUCAGCCUAUUCUUCAUCUUACUGCUGUUGUGUGCUGUGAUUGCAGCUUCCUUCUUUUGGAUCAGGAAGUAUAAGAAAUCAGCAAACUUGGCCAAACUGAUCCUGACUUUGGACGACAUUGUCUUCAUCGACACUCAAGUCAGCAGGAAGAAACUGAAUGAUGAGUCCAUCAUGAGGAGUCUCCUGGAAAUUAAAACCCCGCUGCGCUCUAUUGCUAGAAGCUACAUCCUGACGACACCUGAAAGCUCCAACAUAGGAAUCCUAGAGGGUGAUUGGGUUUGGCUGAAAAAGAUUCCCAUUGGAAAAACAACAACAGCUGUCAACCAAAACACCCAGAAUCUUUUUAGCCAGCUGAGAGAGAUGCGGCACGAGAACCUCAACCUGUAUCUGGGUUUGUUCGUGGACUCUGGGAUUCUGGCUUUAGUGGUGGAACACUGUCCUCGAGGAAGUCUGGCUGACCUGCUGGCCGACAGUGACGUCAGACUCGACUGGAUGUUCAAGUCUUCGCUGCUUAUGGAUCUGAUCAAGGGUAUGAAGUACCUCCAUCUGCGGGGCCUGACUCAUGGUCGUCUGAAGUCCACCAACUGUUUGGUUGAUGGACGUUUUGUUUUAAAAAUCACAGACUAUGGACUUCCCAUGAUUCUUCAGUCCCAGAACCUAAGCCUUCCUGAGGACCCACAAGAUCUGUUGUGGACCUCCCCAGAACUCCUUAGGAACCCAGUUCGAGGAGGUUCAUUUGCUGGUGAUGUCUUCAGUUUCUCUAUCAUCAUACAGGAAGUGAUCUCCAGAACUUUGCCCUAUGCUAUGAUGGACAUGCCUGCACAUGAGAUUGUGGACCGGCUGAUGAAGCCCCCCCCUUUGUGCAGGCCAGUUGUUUCUGUGGAUGAAGCUCCUGCUGAGUGUCUCAAUCUGAUGAAUGAAUGUUGGAAUGAAGAUCCGACCAAAAGACCGACUUUUGAUGACAUUUUCAAACAAUUUCGUGGUAUCAGCAGAGGCAGAAGAGCCAAUAUAAUUGACUCAAUGCUGCGUAUGUUGGAGCAGUACAGCUCCAACCUGGAAGAUCUCAUCAGAGAACGAACUGAUGAACUUGAGGUUGAAAGAAACAAGACUGAGAAGCUAGUUGGACAGCUUCUGCCAAAGUCUGUGGCUCAGGCUCUGAAGAAAGGGAAACCAGUCCAACCAGAGCAUUACUCAGACUGCACUCUUUACUUCAGUGACAUUGUGGGGUUUACCACCAUCUCUGCCCUCAGUGAGCCUAUAGAGGUGGUUGACCUGCUGAAUGAUCUGUACACCAUGUUUGAUGCCAUCAUUGCCUCUCAUGACGUCUACAAGGUGGAGACCAUUGGAGAUGCUUAUAUGGUAGCUUCAGGCGUCCCUAACAGAAAUGGAAACCGUCAUGCAGCUGAAGUGUCAAAUAUGUCCCUGGACAUUCUCCAUUCAAUCGGAGCAUUUAAGAUCAAACACAUGCCAGAGAUCAAAGUAAAAAUACGCAUUGGACUGCACUCUGGUCCAGUGGUUGCAGGAGUGGUUGGUCUUACCAUGCCUAGAUACUGCCUCUUUGGAGACACUGUGACAACAGCCUCACUCAUGGAGUCCAGUGGCCUACCCUACAGGAUACACAUAAGUCUGAGUACUGUCAAAGUCCUGACCAGUCUCAAAGUGGGGUACCACAUAGAGACGAGGAAGGCCCAGGUCAAGGGCACAGAGGACACAUACUGGCUUAUGGGUCGGGAUGGUUUCAAUAAACCACUUCCUGUUCCUCCUGAUCUGAUUGGAGGGGCCAGCAAUCAUGGAAUCGCUCUUGAUGAAAUUCCUGUGGAAAGAAGACAAAAAUUUUUGGACAGACAGAAACUGAUUAAAAAAUAGGCUAAAAGUAUUUUUUAAAAACUCUGUUCAAUUUUAGCUUCUGUUUCUAGUCUAUUGUGUUAUCUGUCACCACCACUCACCCUAAAUCUAAACAUGUUGAUUUAGGGUUUAUUGGUUAGGACCAAACAGGGCACAUUCUAGAUGUAUUAAAAGUAAUAAUGUAAGAUUUAUUCCAAAAGGAGACAUGUGAAAUAAAAAAUAAAACAUUUUUUUCAGUUUUGUUUAUCCCUUGUGCUAUCCUAUGACCCCACCCUUACAUUGACCUGUUCUCCCUACUAUGACAAAGGUGGAUAAAGGUGGAAAGAUUUCAUGUAAUCCAUGAACACCAGUGAAGAUCACAAAUCAUUGAAGAAAAAGGUUCAGAGCACUGUCUAGUGGGUCUAGAUGACCCGACUCCCAAUUUUAAUGUCCCUAGGAUAGCACAAGGGUUACUUUAACACAGACAGACAGAUUAAAACUUGUCUAUGCAGGGCAAUGGGAUAUUAGCAUUUCAAGCAAAAGACAAUACAGUAAUCAAGUAAAAACAAUAAAAAUGCAAUCUGAGUUUUGAUUAGGUGAAAGAAGGGUUAGGGUUAGGAUUACAAUUUUUUGGCAUGGGUCAAAUGAGCUGGAAAAAGGAAACUGAAAGAUAAAAUAUUUGUUACUCUUUGAGUUGGGGUUGGAUGGAGCUGGAUUUGAACACUGGUUUACAGAUAUAUUUUUCUUAUUGUCAUACAACUCAUGAAGUAGGGAAUGAUUUAUUUUAAUAUUUUCUUUAAGUUUGACAGGAGGCUCCGUUCAGAUACAAUAAAACAAAGAUCUCCAU